AAGGAUAAAUUAAAUAAAACCAAUUCAUUUACACAAUACGACAUUGUUAAACCGCUAAAAAGUGGGAAAAACAAAAACCAUUGUUCUCUUUCAAAUGUGUCGCUUUGCUUUUUUUGUUUCACUCUAAUAUCCUUUGUAUCGUACUUUUUCAUUACGAAAAUAAAAUUUCAGAUCUAGCAAAUACAGCAGUUUUUCUACUGCCUUCUGAAAAAUAAUAAUAAUUUAAUUACUGUGUAACCUAGUAAAAUACCUACGUAUUAACUUGCAACUUUUGUUAGAUUUUUUAACUCCACCACGGAUAAAAACGUUUUAAACACUUUUUUAUGUUUUUGGUUUGAACAUGUUUUAUGGAUUUUGUAUUCGGAUCCGAUAGAGUUUUUGCAACAACUAGGCGGGUUGUUGUAUACAAACAUAAUUUUAUGACAUUUCGUAGUUGUGUUUUGUGUUAUCAGUUGUCACCCAUGUGGAGCGCACAGAUACUAUUUGUGCUACAAUUUAUACUGCUAACCUGUGUUUUAAGCGAUGGCACAUUCGAAUGUGGUGAUCAUGGCAGAUUCGAAUACUGCAUCGACGAGAUACCCGGCUGUGUGAUAGGCUGCCACUGUCAUCCAGGAUAUUAUUUUGACACUGAUACGAAAAUAUGUGAACCCAACACAAAACUGAUCGAACAUUAUAGGCGGGAUAUUGCAUUAACGACGACUCGGGGCCAAAAAAUUGAAGUGACACCUAAUACUUUAGUAUAUGAUACUGAGCCCGCUUCCAGUACCGACAAGAUUGAUGGAUCUGUUGAUGAAAUAACCAAAGACGCAAAUGACUUAGGAGACUGGCUCUAUAAUCAAUUCUUUAAAACAAUAGAGAAUCAAGUAAUUAACAAUACAAAUGAUAAAGGCAUUUCAACCAGACGGGGUGCAUCACAACCAACAAUGAAAAUCCCCAAAAGAAGUAAGAAAUCGCGUAAAGGCGGAAAAUCAUCAAAACAAAAAGUAAAAAAGGAACAAUUAAGAAGAAAGUUACUCCGAAUAACAGAAAAUGAUAGCUUGUUCGAUAUAUCCUCAAAAUCUAGUUCAGAUUCAAGUGAUUCAAGUUCUAGUGGAGAUUCAUCAUCUAUAGAGUAUGAAGUAAAUGAAAAUAAUCAUCAUAAACAUGAGGAUGGCGAACAUGGUCAUAAAAAGAUAGUCAUGGUAAACAAAAAGCCAAAGCAACCGUUGCCAAGCUUUAUAUUCUUGCCGAAUUUAGAUACGCCAUUUUAUCCUCCAAUAGGUUUGCCCCCACCGCCAAUUGUGCCCAUGUAUCCGAUGGUACCAGUUCCUCCUGUACCACUGUGUCCAAUAACAGGUUGUAUAGAUAACAUCAACGUGGCAACUACUAGUUCUGCUCCAAAUACAACUACUGCUCAAGCCGCUACGACAACUUCUAUCAGUACCGUACCAACAAAUACAACUGAACCAUCUAGCGUGCCUGAAACAACUGCAGAUGCAAUAGCAACUAACGAUACUAUAACUAGUGAUGUACCUAAAACUGACACAAGAGCACUGCGCUUAAAACACAAAAAGAAGAAAAAAGCUGCAAAAUUAUUAAACAAUGAUACGAGUAAAGCAGAUACUGAACAAGGGCUUAAUGGUUUAAAGUAUUUCGAACGCCAGAAAAUUUUGAAACGUCUUAAAGAAAAAAUGGGUAAUCCUUCUGCCAAGUUGUUCAUGGGACCUUGGAAAAAGAAUAAAAAAAUAUAUUCAAACAAAUUCAUGGAUCAGAACGUAGACACCGAAACUCAGUUUUUAGAUAACGAGAUAGUUGAUAAUGAAUUAUUGAAUAAUGAAAGAAAUCAAAAACUGAUGCGAGAAGGAAGUUUUCCUGAUAACGUCGACUUUAGAUACAUCACCGAGCUUAUACAUCGCGUUGAUCUCAAUAAUAAAACAAAUGAUUUACCGCCUAUUGAAUAUAACCCCUUGGAUAGUAUUGAAUUACAAGAAAAACAAUUUUCGGACUAUAGUGUUCCUUUGUAUACACCCGACGGCCGAAGGACAAGUCACCCGAAGCAUCACAAAUCAGAUGAAUCAUACUAUGCUAAUUUGGGUAGGCAAAUAGCCACUAUGAUACGAGGAAUUGAUAAACAAGAAAAUGUUGAAUUGGUGGAAACGUCAAAUAACAUAAAGAAUGAUCAAUAUUUAAAAAAUAAUUCACCAACAUCAUUUUGGGAACGUUUUGUGCGAUCUCCAUUAGCGUACUUAAAAACCAAAAACAAGAAAUUUGAAUACUUAAAAAGAAGUAAUGAAUUACUUUUUGACAUAGAAAAUAAAGUUGAAGUUAUAGCUUCUACAGCACCCUCUUUAACUUUACAAGAAAUAGAAAAUGUUGUUAAGGUUAUGGAAGAUGCCAAAAAGAAAAUUCAGAGUAAAAAUAAAUCUAGUAUGAAAAAUCCAGAAACUUCACGUAAAAAUCUUAACAUUGAUUUGUGGCCACAGAAGUCACGUAAUUCAAGGCACGAUUUCCAAAAUUCUGUAUUGCCAUAUUUUAAUAAAAUCAGACAAGAUAAGAACGCCAAUAAUUAUGAAACUAAUAAAAGUAACAUCGCAAAACCUAAUGUUGAUUUGCCAGGUCUUCGCAUGCACAGUUCUCAAAAGUUUGUAGCUUGGAAUGGUACAAAUUUCAAUAAAAUCAUAAAACUAAUAAAUCAAACUUAUAAGAUUCCAACAAUAGCUACACCGUUAUUUAACAAGAAAUAUACACAAAAUAAUUACAAUUCAGAAAACACUAACAAAAUUCAUCAAAUUCCAGCUUUAGCAAACCAGUUUUCACAAAAUACAAUCAAACAGUCGUUUCCAAACCAACAAGUAAAUCCGUAUUUGUUGCAUCAUAGGAGAUAUUUCCAAGACAAUAGCAAUAAUUAUUAUGUAAAUCGAAACGUAGAACUUUCUUAUUUUUCACCAGUUAAAAGAAUUACAGGAGUACCACAAUUAUACUUUCCUGAAAUAAAUCAUUUCGAUUAUAUAGAUUAAGCAUGGAUUAAAUACAUUUUAUUCUCAGUGACUCUAUAUUAUGCAUUUCACUGCAGCGAGAAGUUUCCAUUCAGAUGGUGAGUCUUGCUGUGCAACAUUGUUCUCUACACAAAAAUUUAAAUGACAAAUUAAUUGAAUGCCACUAAAAGUUGCAUGAUGGGCGGUUAAAAUUACGUUAUGGUGUCGAUAAAAUUUGAUCGUCCAUAAAAAUAAAACGCACGAGUCAGAAUUUUUAACUUUGGAUCGUACUUGAAACUUGGAUACUCGUAAUUCAUGAUGUUCAAGAACGACGAAAGGAUGAACCCAAUGUUAGAAAAGAUUUUGUUCGGAGUUCGGACACUCCAAAAUAAUGUGGCACUUUUAAAUACGGAGAAAAUAAGUGGAGAAAACUUAAUUAAUAAAUUAGUGCUUGUUUGAAAUAAGUUAUCCAAGGAGCCAUCUUAGAUCUGCAUCUCAAAGGAUUCGAUAUUAAGACUACGAAAAACAAUCUAUAUUUUGUGUGUUUGUUGGUUUGUUUUCAUAUGCACAUUUUGAACCUCUCGUAGCUCUAAUCUUAAGCUGACGAAAAUGAAUAUUACCUCAACACUUCACCAAAAGUCAAAAACGAUUUAAAGCUUGCAGGCCGACGGAGACACUUUCGCAUUUUUAAAUAAUAUUUUCAUUGGAACAACAUCGUUAUGAGGUGAACACAGCAGAGAUUUCCGAACGAGUUGGUUCAAUCAGACAAGCUAUAAAAGCUCUAGUAUACUAGAUACGAAUAUAAGACGAGUACCUACAUAUCUCGUAAUAUCGAGACGGGCUUGCAAAUAGGGGCCGAAUUUAUUUGGCUCGGUAUCGUAGCGUUUCCAAUUUUCAUAUUUUCCGCGAUGGGACGCCCGCUCGUCCUAUCUCGUAGGUCCUAAAGCUCCCGCGUUAUUUUUACGAUACGUAAUUGAUUUGCAGUGGUUUAAAUCAUGAUUUUUUUAUACAUUAUUGUAUUUCAUCACCCCUUCCGUUUCGUAGGGUGACCAUAACAUAAUAUUCUAUCAGAAUCAAGAUUUCGUAAAGUCGUUUUAUUUAAAGCAGUACUUAAUUAAUAGGAUAUUGCAAAAAAUUAUAAAUUAAAUCUAAAGAUAUAAAAUAAAGCAUGUUCCAGAUAGAA